AUGCCCGACCCUCUUCGCAAAGACAUACAGAAAGUAGAUCAUUCAAAAACAACCCUCAUGAAGAUCCAAAGAUACAGAAUGGCAGAAGACUUUUCCCAGCUGGAAGGCAUGGAUGUUCCGCAGGAAAUAGAGUCUAUCAGGCAGGGCCUAGCUAGAGGAUCAACGGACUCUUUUCUCGAGCUCUCUGAGUACAUGUGGCUCGAGCUAGUGCGUGAAAACUCGGUCCUUAGAGCACCCCUUAGAGAGUUCAUAGAAAGGAACAAGCUUAUUCGCCUGGUGCCUCCCACUCCCCUAAUUCCGAUAAUAUUCCUGUUUUCAGGAGAAGAAACAUUGAAAGAGUGGUGCAUUGUAAGCGUGUGCGAGCUGUACAGCACGCCAGGAUAUCUUUCUGGAAUGGCCGCAGGAGGCACAUUUUUUUACAAAAUGCACAGAGAAAUACAUGCAGAAUCUGCAAAGUACAAAGAAAGAAACUUUCUAAAAUCGCUAUUUAUUUUUGUGGUCCUUGGAGGAGCUCUUGUGCACCCGCACUACAGCAUCUUGGAGGAAGUAGUUAAGAGCCCAAAAUCUGACAGCAUGGCCGUUAUUUUCAGUAUUUACAAAAUACUGAUUGCUGGAGAAGUGAGUAUAACCGGAGAGCCCAAGAAAAACAGCAAAAACAACUUGGAGCUGAUUGAAAAAACGCUUGAUGAAAUUCUGAAGCUGAACCUCGACCACUUUCUGUCGAAAAACAGACAGGAGCCAUCGGACAUAAAAAUACUCCUUCUUUUUACCACGUGGGAGAUGCUCGAAUUGGGCAUAAAGCUGAAUAUAAAAAAAUCGCUCAAGCUCCUUGUACUAAAGAACGGAUACAUGUCCAACAGUAAGAGCAUCAUAAAAAGAGUUUAUUUGGGGGUUGUUGAAAUGUCAAAAAACAGAGAUAUCUCGCUCAUAGAUCUCUUUCAGAGCGGCAUGCUCGAGUAUCUGCUUUUCCAAGCAGAGUAUGCGGUGCACAGAGGAGUUGCACAGGAGUACAACAGCAUGAUGCGCAGCCUUGUGCUUGAGACAGUAGAUGCCAUAAACACAUACACUCGUCGAAUACAGGAAGUUCCAAGGAUAGAAGUACCAGAAAGAGAUGGCCCGCUAAAGAGCAUUGACACCAAACAGUUGGAGAUUAUGCUGAUCACCUGCUGCAGACUGUGGCGGGAUAGAUUGCAUGCAUACUCUGACUGUGUGGUGUCCGCUUUUAUUUCGUUGUUCUUUUUUAGAAUGCACCCAAAAAGCACUAGAUACAGGCCAGAGUAUCACAGCCAGCUGCACAUUGCAUUUAGCACUCUAAAUGAUGCAAUAAGCAGCAGACUGGAUAAAAUUGACAAGUCCACGCUGAAUGGGAGAGAUAGUGUUAUGAUGGCAUCUUUUCAGCACAGAAAACACGUUGAGCAUUUGGAGUCAGUGGAAGUAGAAGUGCUUCUGUCGCUGAUUAAAGAGUGCACACUUCUGUACAAAAUGACUCACAUAGUGCCAGCAGGUGUAGAAGGGCUCUGCAUGGUCAUUGAAAAGUACAUCAGCAAUUACAUACUCAGCAGAGGAGAUAAGACGGGAAGUGAUUUAUGCGAGACCACGCAGAAUGAUUGCAGCCCGCAGACACACGAAAAUAUAGCCGAAGAAUGCGUUAUUCUCAAGCUGUUGUAUGCGCUGCUGAGUCUUCCCAUCACAGACCCUGUGCUAUCGCAGAUUAAUUACAUUGUUGUUAACUUAGACAAGAUAGUGUGCGAUGGCGCAGACAUAAGCUUCGAAUGGAUACACACACUGGACUUGAAGAUGGCAGCUAAAGGGAAUCUGAAAUUGACUUUCCUAAAAAAUCUUUUUGACAAGUACCUACUCCUCGCGAAUGACCACAAGACAGUAGUAAAAUCGGUAGUAAACAGUUUUCAGAGAAUUCAAAAAGAAAACGCCCUGAAAGAAGACGAAGCCAUGAAAAGGCUGUUCAAGAGGGCAGAGCGAAUGGUUGACAAGAAAAAAGACCAAACAGUGGAGCAUGCAGAAAAAGACACUGCACUGCUUCCCCGCACACAGAACAUCAUUGCAUGGCAGAAGCCUCCACAGCCAGCAUAUGAAGAAAUAUGCACAAAUAGGGAUUUUAUCAUUUCCGUAGUGCAAAACAGAAAGCCUGAACACACUUCUGCUGUCAAGCCAUCUUAUGCAAAAUUUUCAGAAUAUUUUGAGGCGUACUCUUCGAACAUCAUACAGGAAACACUCGCAUCCAUAGAGGCAAAUAGUGAAAGCGAAGAAUUCCCAAAAGUGUCAGUUGAUGGGAUAGUUAUUGCAAUGUGUGAGAGCCAAACGAUAACAACAUUCACUGUUGUGUACCUAAAACAGGAGACUGUACUGCUAAUAAACGACGUAGUGAAAAUAGAAAGCAAAGAUGGAAGCGAUUCCUGCACAGGCCUUGUGAUGCACCACAAGAACGGACAGUGCAGCAUUGCUGUGGACAAAAAGACUCUUGAGCAGCAGAAUAGAUACUACAAAGUGAAUCUUCAGGUGGUUGCAAAUGUCAUCACGGGAAUGAGGGAGUACGAUGCGCUUAUCCGAAUGCAAAGUCUUUCUUUCAGGCACAAAAUAUUCUCUCCGUGCAAGCCAGCCAACACACACGGAAGUUUUAGAGAAAAAGCAAUGAAUGUCCAGUACCAGAAAAAUAGACUGAACUCCCUCACAUCAGAGUGCAAAGAAGUCGCAGAGUUCUACAACCAGCUGAAUAAGAGCCAGCAGACUGCAGUAAUGACUGCGCUGCACAAGGACAUCACUCUCAUACAGGGCCCGCCAGGCACGGGAAAAACAAAAACAAUCUCGAGCAUCAUAUCCCAUCUUCUCUUAGACAAACACCGAGUGCUCGUAUGCGCCCCGAGCAAUGCAGCAGUUGAUAUGCUAAUAGAAAGUGGAGGAGUGUGGAAAGGCCUAGUGCAGAGCAAUCAGUGGAUGCGCGUGGGCAGUCCGCUAGUCUCCAAAAGCUCAGUGGACAAUCAGCACGCUGCACCAGACCCAGCAGGCUCCUCUAGCAUGCACAUUUCAGAAUCAGCUGGUGAAAGCCUUUCAUCACCCUCGAGUGGCAGUAACGUAGAUAAUAAUACCGCAUAUGGAAAUAUUUCACAGCAAAAUGGAAAUAUCUCAGAGCAGGCAAAAUACGACUGUAAAGAGGCUGUGCUGUGUGCACGGCUUGUUUUCUCAACACUAUCAAUGGCAGGUUCGAUCAUUCUUAAAGAUGUGCCCUUUGAUGCUGUGGUGAUCGAUGAAGCAUGCCAGGCAACAGAGCCCAGCUCAAUUAUACCGCUGCGAUCAUCGCUUAAAACCAUUGUGCUUGUGGGAGACCCCAUGCAGCUCCCGCCCACCAUUCUCUCGCAGUCUAAAGACCUUGCUGUGACUUUGUUCGAAAGAAUGUCUGUCUCUAUCCCGCCCAUUCUUCUCGACACGCAGUACAGAAUGCAUGCAGCUAUUUCAGAAUUUGCAAGCAAUGAAUUCUACAAUGGAAAAUUAAAAAAUGGCGUGUCUUUGGAGUCAUGUCUGCCUUUCGCGUUUAUCGAUGCGGCAGGGACAGAGGAAGUAAACAGCAAAGAAGUCUGCAAUAGAAAAGAGUGUGCGAUUGUUGCACAGCUUCUUCCCGUGGCUCUAAAAACCUAUGCAUCUGUGGGAGUUAUCAGCCCGUACAAAGGUCAGGUUCGUCUGAUGAAAAGUGUGAUCAAAAACGUAGAAAUCUCUACAGUGGAUGGGUUCCAGGGACAGGAGAAGGACUGCAUUGUUAUAUCGACAGUGCGCAGCAAAAAGAUAGGAUUUCUGAACGACAUAAGGCGAAUGAAUGUCGCUCUGACCAGAGCUAAAUACACAGUGAUAGUAGUCGGGAGCAUGGAUCUUUUGAAAAAAGACCCCACAUGGAAAUCUCUCAUAGAAUAUGUCAAAAAGAACAAAUUCGUAUAUACAGCACGUGAGACAAUAGACAUACUGAAAAGAAAAAGCCAAACACAAAGCAAAUAA